AUUUGUAAAAACAAUCGUUAGGGCAGUCGCAAGGUGAAAUUUUCCAUAACCAGCAAAUAGAGAACAUUAUGUGGAGCGAUCUAAGCAACAAGGUGAUACUGGUGACCGGCGCCGGUGCUGGCAUUGGCAAUGCCCUGGUCAAACAGUUGGCCAGCGCCGGUGCCACAGUCAUCGCGGUGGCCCGCAACGAGGCACAGCUCAAGGAAUUGGCUAGCGUGGAUGCGAAGCAUAUUAAGCCGCUGCUCGUAGAUCUAACCAAUUGGAAUAAGGUGCGCGAGGCACUUGCAACUGUACCACAGCUGGAUGGACUGGUGAACAAUGCGGGCGUGGCCAUUAUCAAACCCUUCGAGCAGCUAACCGAACAGGAUUUCGAUACUCAGUUUGAUGUGAACAUUAAGGCUGUCUUCAAUGUGACGCAGACUCUGCUGCCCAAGCUGCGCAAUGGCAGUUCGAUUGUGAAUGUGUCCUCGAUCGCCGCAUCCCGUAGUUUUGGUGGCCACACGGCAUACAGUGCCACGAAAGCGGCUCUCGAUUCGUUGACCAGAUCGUUGGCUUUGGAAUUGGGCGCACGCAAAAUACGCGUCAAUUCGGUUAAUCCUACUGUUGUGCUGACCAAAAUGGGCCGCGACAAUUGGUCAGAUCCGGGCAAGAGUGGGCCACUGCUGGCGCACAUACCACUGAAUCGAUUCUGUGAGGUGAACGAGGUGACCGAUGCCAUUGGCUAUCUGCUGAGCAGCAAGUCCAGCUUUGUCAACGGACAUCAGAUCAAUCUCGAGGGCGGCUAUUCCGUCUCCUAAAAACAACAAUUCACAAUUUUGUCCGCUGCAUUUUCCUCAAUUUCUCCAUUUUGUAAUAAAGACGUUGUAUAAAACUUUAAAUAAAAUGUUUUGCCUUCAAGUUGGCCCGUUCAACCCUAA